UCUACUGUAUACUACCACAUGCAAUCGUCACUUUAACACAUUUAAAGUUUGCACAGGGUCGCUGACUGAGGGAACUGGUUUAUGAAAGGGUCGACACGACACUCAAAGACAACAGGUUCAGUUUGCUGCAAGCAUGAAGCACGCUCUGCACAGGAUUCUGCUUCUUCAACUUCUGACAACUCUUGGACUUCAAGGUAAUGUUCCCACAUGUGGUUAUUUGUCUAUUUUCUACAAAUGCAGUAUUAACUCAUCCUUCUUUUCAGCACUUGGUAGUGAAAUCAUAAAUGGUGAAAAGGUCCCGGACAAGAAAAUGCUGUUUAUGGCCUCGGUUCAGAACAGCAGAAACAAACAUAUCUGUGGAGGAUUCCUCAUCAAUAAAGACUUUGUGGUCACUGCUGCACAUUGUGAUGUUGGGAAUCCUACAAGUGUUGUUCUUGGUACCCACAAUCUCAAGAAUAUUGAUGACACAAUGAGAUACAGUGUGAAGAGAUGCAAGCAUCGAUGUUAUGAUAAAGUUUGUGAGGGGUCGGACAUCAUGCUUCUCAAACUGUCCAAGAAAGCUCAACUGAACCAAAGAUUGCAGCCAAUUUCACUUCCAGAAACUGAGACUAGGAUUGCAAAUAGAGAAACGUGCAGUGUUGCUGGAUGGGGCCUAACAAGUGUUGGUGACCCUGAUGAGCUGCAAAUGGUGAAUGUGCCCAUUGUUGACCUGGAUGUCUGUAAGAACGAAUGGCCUAACAUGCUUCCUGAAAAAGUUAUCUGUGCUGGUGGAUAUGGCACAAAUAAAGGAUUCUGUCAGGGUGAUUCUGGGGGUCCUCUGGUGUGCAACGGGAAGGCAGCUGGUGUUGUUUCUUACAACUGGGACAAUAACUGCAGAUACCCAAAUAGGCCCAAUGUGUACACAGAUGUAUCAAAAUUCCUUCCCUGGAUCAGAAAGAUGAUGAAGGAUUGUUAAAUGUAACAGAUCAACAUACUCUUAUUGCACUGUACUGGCUCCUUAAAUGUCAUCUCAAAACUUGAAAAAUAA